CCUCCUCCGACUUCUUUUCCUCCUUCGACUUCUCUCUUCCCCCCCCCCACCCCGUCCUUUCUUCUUUCUCCUCUUCCCCUCCCUCCUCCCCCUCCCCUCCUCCCCCCACCCCUGCCCCAUUGAUGUGCUGUUAUUGGGGGGGCUGGAGCAGUAAAAAAAGAAGGAGGAAAAAAGGAGCAGCGGGGCUCAGCAGGGAGAGGUCGGGCGCGGGCCGGCGGGCGGCGAUGGAAGAACUCACGGCGUUCGUCUCCAAGUCCUUCGACCAGAAAGUGAAGGAGAAGAAGGAGGCCAUCACCUACCGGGAGGUGCUGGAGAGCGGGCCGCUGCGCGGGGCCCGGGAGCCGGGCGGCUGCGCCGAGCCGGGCCGCGACGACCGCAGCAGCCCCGCGCUCCGGGCGCCCGGCGGCGGCGUUGGCGGCGUUGGCGGCGUUGGCGGCGGCGGAGGCGGAGGCGGCGCGGGCGGAGGCGGCGGCGGCGGCGGCGGAGGGCGCUCGCCCGUCCGGGACCUGGACAUGGGCGCCGCCGAGCGAAGCCGGGAGCCGGGCAGCCCGCGGCUGACCGAGGUGUCCCCCGAUCUGAAGGAUCGCAAAGACGAUGCGAAAGGGAUGGAGGACGAAGGCCAGACCAAAAUCAAGCAGAGGAGAAGUCGGACCAAUUUCACCCUGGAACAACUCAACGAGCUGGAGAGGCUUUUCGAUGAGACCCACUACCCGGACGCCUUCAUGCGCGAGGAGCUGAGCCAGCGGCUGGGGCUGUCCGAGGCUCGCGUGCAGGUUUGGUUCCAAAACCGAAGAGCUAAAUGUAGAAAACAAGAAAAUCAACUCCAUAAAGGUGUUCUGAUAGGGGCCGCCAGCCAGUUUGAAGCCUGUAGAGUCGCACCCUAUGUCAACGUAGGUGCCUUAAGGAUGCCCUUUCAGCAGGAUAGUCAUUGCAACGUGACGCCCUUGUCCUUUCAGGUUCAGGCACAGCUGCAGCUGGACAGCGCUGUGGCGCACGCGCACCACCACCUGCACCCGCACCUGGCCGCGCACGCGCCCUACAUGAUGUUCCCAGCGCCGCCCUUCGGACUGCCGCUGGCCACGCUGGCCGCCGACUCGGCGUCCGCCGCCUCGGUGGUGGCCGCCGCCGCCGCCGCCAAGACCACCAGCAAGAACUCCAGCAUCGCCGAUCUCAGACUGAAAGCCAAAAAGCACGCGGCCGCCCUGGGGCUGUGACGCCGCGGGGCGCGCCCCGGAGCCGGAGCCCGAGCCGGAGCCGGCCCGCACGCACGCCCACCGCGCCCGCCCCGCCGCCGCCGCUGCUG